AUGCCCAAUCCAGCUGAAGCUAUUCAUCGUCGGGGGGCUGCGUUCACCUUCGAUUCGGAGCGGUUUCAUCGUCUGGUUCAAGCCCUUCGAGAACCAGUGACCGACGCCACACCCAACAUCUUCGCUCCGAGCUUCGACCAUGCGGUGAAGGAUCCUGUGGAAGACGACAUUUGCGUACCAAAAGAGGCUCGCAUCAUAGUCUUCGAGGGUUUGUACUUGAGUCUUGACAGGGAACCUUGGCGCUCCGCUGCGAGUCUGAUGGAUGAGUUGUGGUUUCUGAAUAUUGAUCGCGAGUUGUCUCGGGCAAGACUGGUAGAGCGUCACGUUGCUUCAGGCAUUGUUCCGGAUCGCGCGGCUGCGGAGCAUCGCGUGUCUAGCACAGACAUGUUGAACGCUGAUGAUAUCAUCCAACAUCGGCUGCCUGUACACGAAUAUAUCGAGUUCUGA